AUGUAUUUGCAAGAAAUCUAUCAUCAAUACCGAUACCGUCAUAAUGAGCCAAAGUCAAUCGUCGUAUGUCGGGGAAUUACUGCUUUUUUAAUCAUAAGUCUACUCGUGACAUUCUUGGCUUUCUUAAUUAUUGAUAUACGCGAUGAUGGACCAGUAUUGCAUAAGACCAUAUUUGAAGCAGAAUCUCUUCCGAUACCAGUAAGUGGUAAAACAGAUGAUUGCUCGGUAUAUUUCAAACAACCUGAAAAAAGUCUGCUCGAAGAAUGGAAUGCCUUUCUAAGUUUUGACAAUAUCAAAAGUUUUUCUCUUGACGAUCUUCGUGCCAUAGUGAUAUUUAUAGGUAUUAUUGACACUUACAAUGCUACUAUACAAAACUAUAUUAGCUUUGAAGCCUACGAUCCAGAAUUUGGCCCAUACAGAUAUAAAUCCGAUAAUUAUGAGAAAUUUCAAGAAAACUAUGGCAAAAAAUUUACAUACUCCUUGACGGCAUUAAACCGUUAUUAUAUUUAUGUUAGUUUAUUUAAAUUGUUUCUUUUCAAGUUCGAUUAUGAUUUUCGAUUUUCCCGGACUAUUAAAGAAAUUAUAUCCCGAAAGCAAGGAAAUGCUUUCGGAGUUCCACCAAGUUAUAGCGAAGAAACAUAUAUCACCUCGUCUUUCGAGCCUGAUUAUGCUAAUACUAAAUUCGGCGCUAAAGGAUAUUCAGCCAUUGCUAUAAAGCCUCGAAGUUAUAUGGUAGAAAGACUUAGAGAGCAAAGAUCAAAAACAUUCCUCGGUGGACUUGGUUUAUUCGGUGGCGUAUGGGUGAUUGCCACAGGAAUAUAUGCUUGUUUAUUUGGAACGAAUGCAUUACAACCUUGGGGAUUGAUUCAUAAAUAUUGUUUCCCAAAUGAUAACAGCAACCACAUCCGCACCAGAUUUCCAACAAUUCCGCUGCUUUCAUCUGCUACAAACAGAAAUUUUUUAGCCGCAAAUAAUCCUGAAUCCGAUGAUGAUUUUAAAAAUGCGAAUAACGCAAAUCAACCAUUAAGUGGCAGGACAUCUAUGCUGCAACAAUUUCCUUUGCCACUAUAUUCUCAGCAACCAGACGCUAGUUCUGACUUGGCACAAACUAAAAGUUCAGGUGCGACAUUUUCCACCAACCCGCAACCGGUUUACGUAAACCAGUUACUAACACCUCCUGGUCAGGUAAUGUACUCGCCUCAAGGGACACAUAAUCUACAAGGAAACCAGGUCGUUAAUUUGCAAUCUACUGGCCUUUCGAGUAUGCAAAUUUACAAUCUUGAAGAAGAGCCCUGA